UACUUUGGUGCACUGUCUAAAAAUUUAGGAGCGAAAUUUGACGCAUCUUACAACCUAUUAUCAACAACGAGAGCUAAUAAUUUUGUACGAGGCAAACUAUAUUGAUAAAUUCCAUGAUUAAAACGCUUGUAUAGACGCAAAUCAAUUUGCCCUAUUACGCAAUAAAGGACCCAUGUUACGAAACGGUUCGUUUGUAAAAAGCUGGUGGUAAAACUAACCUUAUUUAUUUUAUCUAAAUAAAGACAGUGUCAAAUGACAAGAUGGCAUUACUUCACUGGAAAGGAAUAUAAGAAAAGUCUAAGUUAUAUUUUAACAGGAGCGGGCUCGUCCGGCGCGUGUAGCGGUGCCGGGCGACACGCGACGCGCUGCUGGCGCCGAGCGCUCAACGUUGACCCGCCCUGGCUGCGGCGCACGCCGCCCCGCUGACGUCACACGCACAACUGACACCCGUGGAGUAGCGCUACCGGGCCACCGACGCACAGUGCCAAGUGUCCGGGCGUAACCGAGCAAAGGAAAGGUUGACUCGACAAUCGCCGGACCAACGGUCUGCCGAUCUCACCGUCACAUCGCAUCGAGAGAUAAAGUAGAGCCGAAUGAAACCCGGCGCCAUGCGUCUGGCCGACGAGGAGCGCGUGUGCGUGAUGGAGGGGGAAUGGAGCCCCUCGGGGGUCAUCAGACAGGUGGUCGAGGAAGGACAGGAGGACCCCUUCUACGUCAUGGACCUCGGAGAAGUGGUGCGUCGCUACCAGCACUGGAAGGCUAUGAUGCCGCGCGUCGAGCCCUUCUACGCCGUGAAAUGCAAUGACGAUAAGCUGCUGGUGCGGACGUUGGCCGCGCUCGGGACGGGCUUCGACUGCGCCUCCAAGGCGGAAAUACAACUCGUCAUGGAUAUGGGCAUUAAGGCCGAGCGCAUAAUAUUCGCGAAUCCCGCGAAGAUGGCGUCCCACAUCCGCUACGCCACCGCCCGAGGAGUCACCACCAUGACUUUCGACUCGGAGUCAGAGCUGCACAAAAUCAAGCAGAUCUCGCCUGACGCACGGCUGGUGAUCCGCAUCCGCUGCGACGCAGCGGCGGCCCAGUGUCCUCUGGGCAUCAAGUUCGGCUGCGAGCCUCUCGCGGAGGCCCCUCGUCUGCUCAAACUCGCCGCCGUGCUGAAGCUCAACGUGGUGGGCGUCUCGUUCCACGUGGGUUCCGGCGCCGGCGAGAGCGUCGUCUACGCUCGCGGGAUAAAGAUGGCGCGCGUGCUGUUCGAUCUGGGAGACACUCUCGGCCUCGACAUGCGAACGGUCGACAUCGGCGGCGGCUUCGCCGGCAACGCCGACUCCGACCUGCGAGACGUGGCCCGUGUGGUGAACGCGGCGAUCGAGGCGAACUUCGGCGAGCGCGAGGUGCGCGUGAUCGCAGAGCCGGGCCGAUACUUCGCGGCCGCCGCGUACACGCUCGCGACCAUGGUGCACGCCACCAGGCAGCUGACGAACGCGUCGUCCGAGUCCCACACCAUGUACUUCAUAAACGACGGCGUCUACGGCUCCUUCAACUGCGUGCUCUACGACCAUCAGACCGUAGUCGCCGAACCGCUGGACGCGUGCGACUCCCGGCCCGAAGCCUGCUCCGUGUGGGGUCCGACCUGUGACGGUUUGGAUUGCGUGAUUGCCUCUUGCCUCCUCCCCGCUUUGCGCACGGGACAGUGGCUGGUCUUCAAGGACAUGGGCGCCUAUACGCUCCCAGUGGCCUCCGCUUUCAACGGGUUCCCCGUGCCUAAAGUCAAGACGAUUGUCGAUAAACGACUUUGGGACGUUCUAAAAGAGCUGUGGCCGUUGAACGAGGCCGACGUAACGGUGGACACCUGCCCCCUCGGCCCCCAGAGCCCCGAGUCUCUGACCCCUCGCUCGGAAACCCCCUCCCCCACUUUGGAAAGCCCCCAUCACACCGUGUUCGUAGAGUGCGCGCUCAAGUAGUGAACCCCGGAACGCGUUACACAGCACUUGGUCAUUUUAAUUAUAUUUAAUUUAAGUGAAUUUCGUUUACUGUGUGUUUAGCAUCCCCAAACGACUCAUUUAGUAUCAAUUCGUAUUUUUCGUAUUUGAAUGGUCUUCGGUGUAUUUUCUUUAUUGAGGUUAUCGGUAUAUUUGCGUGUAACGUGUCGUUUUACAUUAACUGUAGUGCAAUAAUGUUUACGUGUCGCUUUGUUACUAACGAGCACUUGCAAUCAUUUUCUGUCUUAGCCGUUGUCUAAAAACAUAAGUGACCGCGAAAAAAAGUACCGCCACAGUAUUAUUUCUGUCUCCGUAUGUCUAAAUGCAAGGAAUGAGAUGGAUAUAUUUCACAUGGUUGUAUUAUAUAAGUGGCCUUUAUGUAUUUGGACAAUUAUAUAAUCGUUAUGCAUUUUAUUAUUAAACCUUUUCAGCAUUUUUUGCAAAUUUACUAUUAUUUACCGUUACAUGUUCAUACAUUCAUGUUUCGAUUGAUUUAACUUGUUUAGUGUUUCUCUCUAGUGAUACAAAAAUAAAUGUAUUCAUUGGA